UUUAACUUCUUUUGUUUUUUUAACAAAAUUGAAAAUGAAUAAGGUUUCAGCUCUGCAAAAAAAGAAAAGAAAAGAUUUUAUACCUUACUUUCUAGGAUUUGUAAUAUUUUUAUAUUGCACCGUCCAUCUUGUAUCAUUUACAGCUCAAACUGCCCAGGAAACCCACUCUACCAGAGUUCGUCGGGCUCUUGAGAACGAGACAGAAUGUAUCUCACCACAGUCCUCUGAGUUUCCUGAGGGCUUUUUCACGGUGCAGGAGAGGAAGGAUGGAGGGCUAGUCAUAUAUUUCAUGAUUAUUUUCUACAUGUUUCUGGCUGUAGCAAUAAUCUGCGACGAUUACUUCUUGCCUUCCUUAGAAGUGAUCAGUGAACGUCUGGGACUGUCUCAGGAUGUAGCAGGAGCCACCUUUAUGGCAGCUGGGAGUUCUGCACCUGAACUGGUCACAGCCUUUCUGGGUGUGUUUGUGACAAAGGGAGACAUCGGGGUCAGCACCAUCGUGGGAUCAGCGGUCUACAACCUGCUAGGAAUUUGUGCGGCAUGUGGACUCUUGGCCUCUAUGGCCGGACGCCUCACCUGUUGGCCACUGUUCAGGGACUGCCUAGCAUAUGCCAUCAGUGUUUCUGCUGUUAUUGCCAUCAUUUCUGAUAACAAGGUGUACUGGUACGACGCUGCCUGCCUGCUGCUGGUCUAUGGUGUCUACAUCGUGGUUCUGUGCUUUGACCUGCGCAUCAGCGAGUUUGUCCUGAGGAAGCUGAGCCCCUGCUGCACCUGUCUGGGCCACGGAUCAGCUGAGAAGACUGAGACACAGACUCUGCUGGGCUGGAGUAAAGACACCACUCUGCGUGUCCACAAUCGCUCCAGAACUGACAGCGGGAUCUUCCAUGACGACUCGGGAUACUCCAACUUGUCCCUCAGUCUGCAUGGCCUCAAUGAGAUUCCAGAAGAGCAUAAAAGCGUGUUUGCUGUGCCGGAGAGCGACCUGAAGCGGAUUUUCUGGGUUUUGUCUUUGCCCCUCAUCACGCUGCUCUUCCUGACCAUCCCUGACUGCAGGAGGAGGUUCUGGAAGGGAUGGUUUAUGAUAACCUUCCUCAUGUCAGCUGUCUGGAUCUCAGGUUUCACAUACAUUCUGGUCUGGAUGGUCACUAUUGUCGGGGAGACCCUUGGCAUUCCUGAUACAGUUAUGGGACUCACUCUGCUUGCUGCUGGGACCAGUAUACCUGACACCAUAGCCAGUGUAAUGGUAGCCAGAGAAGGGAAAGCUGACAUGGCCAUGUCCAACAUUGUGGGCUCUAAUGUUUUUGACAUGUUGUGCCUGGGCCUGCCCUGGUUCAUCAAGACUGCCUUUGUGGAUACCAACAACCCUGUAGAGGUCAACAGCAGCGGACUGCUCUUCAUUUCCUUCACGCUGCUACUUUCCAUCAUCUUCCUCUUUGUAGCUGUUCACAUUAAUGGAUGGAAGCUGGACUGGAAGUUGGGAAUCGUUUGUCUUUUCUGCUAUAUCCUGUUUGCCACUCUGGCCAUCCUGUACGAGCUGGGGAUUAUUGGGAAUAAUCCCAUCAAACUGUGUGGUGACUGA